AUGAGGCCUAUUCUCCUAGCGGUUUUGAUCUACUUGGCCUGUUGUGAAGAAGAUUACGGAUGCCUCGAUGCUUGCGAAUGUGACAAUAUAAGCGAAUACACAAUUAAUGAUGCGUUUUUAUUUUAUACCGAAGAGGCCGGAUGUGUUAGGAACGUGACGUGUCUGAACAGUCCAGAUUCGCAUAUUGCACUGGAUUUUCAAGGAUCGGAAAUUCCAAGACCUUUGGCGCCUACAUGGAAGCCCUACCGUCCAGAAACCUACCUGAUGCCUCCAAAUGCUACUCCGGGAUCAACUCCCACUGGAAUCGAUAUUUUUUCAUUUUUCGGAAUAAUUUGUGAGAACAGCACUUGGUACAUCACAAAAUACCCGAAUGGCUACUCGUACCAAGUAAAAGUCGACGAGACGACAAACAGAAUAGAAUAUGUCGCACCUGAUAGCACGAUUGAUGGGAAGAAAUCUCCGUUGUUCCACAUGUAUUGUCCACCUUGGCCGUUAACCUGCUAAAUUUUCCAAGGGUUGUUCAAAAUAAAUGAUGUUUUUUUCGUAAAAUAAGACACUUUUGGGGGUUAUGUUUUCUGUGUGGCCAUCGAAUUUUCAGGCCGGUUGAUAUCUUCAUAGGCUUGAGUCUAAGCGUAAGCUUAUGCCUAAGCCUAAGCCUAAGCCUAAGCCUAAGCCUAAGAAAAGCCCGACCGAUUUUGGUUUUUUUUUUUCAAUAAAUUGAACUUU